UGCCUCUGAUCUACAGAAAUGGAGGUCUGUGCGCUGAACCCCUCGAGAUCAGCCAAACGAUGCUUCUUACUUCGUUCAGUUCUUCUCUCCGUCCAGUUCUCACUCUCACUUGCUUCUCAGCUGACCCAUGCUAACCUGACGCAUCGGCUCAAUCACAAUGCAUGCAGGGCACAAGUUCAAUUGUUUUGAGUCCUUCGUCUGCCAUUAUACCGACCCUGUAGUUAGGAAGCUCGUUGAGCAUAAAGAAGAAUGGACUAACGAGCAUACACGACAGCAAUGCUAUAUCAUGGGCAAACCUGAUUUGACAAUUGGGAUCGGCUACAGCUUCCAUGCAAAACGACCUCGUCGCUCAGACUUCCGCGUGGACAUCAAGCUUGAUGGCCAGCUCGUCUAUCGACGCCUGGUCAAAGAGCAUUAUCAUCGACUCAGGGCUGUCGACAGGAUCCUUCGUCGAGGCUCGCCUCAUAUGGCCUCCUUUGCGAUCACCAUUGAGGAAACGGACCUGAUUGAACAUCGGUACAGGCUAAUGACGCCUGACUCUGAUGAUGGAAACGAUGUUGAACGUGUCGAUGAUGAUGAUCUGGAGUUUGGCACGAUCACCAUCGAGGUCUAUCGUGGGCAUGUAGACCGCGAAAACCCGCUGCGCGAGAGUCUGGCAUGUCACUUCACAGGACAGUCGUUGAAGCACGAUACUCCAAUACCUGACACAAUGAGGGACAUGGCAUUGAGGAUCUCGUCACUGUGACCGCCUGCUAGAGAAAGAUGUCCGCAAGGCAACAACUUUGAAAGGCUCAUUCCGCCCUCAUGAAGACGACGAAGAGGAGCCGUGGUUCACGCAAGUGC